AUAUGAAGAAGGUGUUGAACUUUAAAGACUCCAUAACUGACUUUUAUCAUCAUCAUUCAUCAUCAUCAUCCAACAACCACCCAUGCCCAAAAUUGCAAUAAAAGACAGCAAGCGAUUUCUUCUCACUCACACACACCUAUGUCAUCUCCAUCAUAUCUACUACUACUUGGUAGAAUCAGACAUCUGCAGCAGAAGCUCUCUCUCUCUCUCUCUUUUGUUACAUUUGUGUCAUUGGCUUUGACGUCAAUUCUUAUCCAAUUCGAAUCUCUUUACCAUAAAUUUUUCUUUCUUUUUUUCCUCAUUCCUCCAAGAAUCUUGAUUUCGCCACUUCCUUUUAUACACUUCUCCUCUGUUUUGCUUUGUCUGAAUUCCCAAGAGAAAAAUGGUGCUGUAAGCUCGAUUCUGUGAUACUUUUUAUGGAUUUAUCUUUGGGCAAAAAGGGUUUCAGUUUUGCUCUGAGGAAGAAGAAGUGGAUCUUACUUGCACUCAGUGGUUACGGCGCCUUUAGGGUUUAUCACUCUCACAAAAAAAAACAAAUCUCCAAGCUCUUCACUCUCCUUCUCAACCUCCUCGAAGCAGCCUCUGCUUCCGCCGAAGCGGUUAGCUUGAUCACCAAGGAUCUAACGGAGUUUCUAAGAUCAGACUCCGACCAAAUCCCAAACAGCUUGAAACAGAUCUCCAAACUCGCGAACUCGGAUGAGCUCAACUCCUCCUUGAUCAGAUUCACACAAGCCGUGACAGUCGGGUUACUCAGAGGUUACCGGUUAGACGAAUCCGAGUCCGGUUUUACGGAUCGGGUCAUGGAUAAGCUUUUCACUAAAUCCGGGUCCGGUUUUGCUUCGGUUAUCGUCGGUAGCUUCGCUAGAAACUUGGUCGUCGCGCUCUACUCCGCAUCCUCCUCCGGCGAAUCGAAAUUGCUCGACGCGAUUUGCUCCGACGACGGGAGGAAGCUAAUCGGCGAUUGCGUUCAGCGUUUCGUGAGCUCGGCGGUUUCGGUUUAUCUCGACAAGACAAACAACGUCAACGUUUUUGACGAUUUAUUCGCCGGUUUAACCAACCCGAAACACGAACACAAGGUUAAGCAAACGAUUGUAACGGUCUGUAACGGUGCGGUUGAAACGUUCGUGAGAGCGUCAAGAAGAAAAACCACAGAACCGGAAUCGGACCGGACGUGGAUCGAUGGGAUAUCAUCGUCGUUGUCUGUACCCAGUAACCGGAAAUACGUGGUGGAUUUAACCGGGAAGGUGACGUUUGAGACGGUUAGAUCGUUGUUAGAAGUGUUGAUAGAGACAGCGAAUGGGAAAGUAGAGAGUUAUGUGGAGAAAGUUAGAGAGAGAGGAAAUGAGACGAGGAGAUUCGUCAGAGUUAAAUCAUCACUUCUUCACAGUUUAUGUUUGUCUCUAUGUUUACAGAUUGUUGAAGCUCCAUGGAUACUGACUCCAAGAAACUGAUCAGGCUACAAGGCAAGAACCUGUUUUUUUCUUUCUCUUUCAAUACUACACUACACUUUUGUGUGUUUUGUUUGGUAAUUCUUGGAUCCAUUAUAUCAAAUUGAUAAAUUCCGUGCAAACUUACUCUUUUUCUAUAAUUGGGGAAGAAAAUGAUUGUUUUUGACUUCGGAAAAAGGGUAUGGGUUUGGUUUGAAUGUUUUGGAUUCGGAUGUUUGGAUAAUGAUAAAGCGUGGGACAAUAUUCUGUGGAUAAAUAUGGUAUGGAUAUAGUGUAUUUGGUGGUGACGUGCAUGAGACAAGACCCAUAUAUGUUCUUUUAUGAGGAAAUGUCUAAACAAGUAA